CCUCUCGUCCAAAUAUGGUCACUCUGGCUCCAAAAAUCAAAGAUGGCAAUGGUUAAAUCCAAGAUGGUGACAGUCAAAUCGUAAACCCAAGGCUUCAGAACGGCAGUCCACAAACCAAUGGAUGAUGGUCAGUCACAGUGGCUACGUCCAUGUUUUUUUAGUCUAUGGUGGAGACAGACACCAGAAAAUUUAGAUAUGCUAACGUUACUUUUUAUGCUAAAGUUACUUUUUUAUGCUAAGAAAUAUUUUGUGUGGAUUUUUAUGCUUUUCGUGGAGGUAAGCAGCAGAAACUGCAUAUAUGCAAAUUUUCCUUUUUUUAAUGCUAAUGUUACUUUUUUACGCUAACGAUAAUUGUAUGAGGGCGCUUUUGUGCUCCUAACAUGUGGAGACAAACAGCAGAAAUCUUAGAUAUGCUAAAUUUACUUUUUUAUGUUCUUGUGGAGACAACUAACAGAAACUUCAUAUAUGCUAAGGUUACUUUUCAUGCUGAUGUUAUUUUUUUAAUACUACCAUUACUUGUGUGAUGGGGGUUCAGGCUUCUGUGAUUUUAAACCAUGCUGACACACAGUUUUUUGACUUUUUACCUCUUUGAAUGUCCUCAUGUUGUAAAUUUUCUUGAUUCUCAUAUGUGGCGUAGCUGCUGUAACACUGCAAUUUCCCACUGGGAUGAAUAAAGUACUCUAUCUUUAGACAUUCACAGACAUUCACUUAAAGGGAUAAAUGAAUAAAUACAAAGUUAAUCAUGGAUUAUUUAUUAUACUGUGAUUCAAAAGGUAUUAUGUCCAACAUAAUUCAACCUCAGACAAGUUUGAUAUGAAAUAGUUUUGUCUACCUCAUGAAUCUGCAAUAUGUUGACUAAUGGAAGAAAAAUGUUAUAGUAGCCUGUACGAUUCUUGCCGGGUCUCUGCAGUUGAAUCAAUACCACAGGAACACUGUCUGCAUCACGAAUCAUGCUCCCUUCCCAUCAUUUACAUGCAGCUAAUGGCAUCAGUAUCCAUCUCUGGGGUACAUCUUAUCAAUUCACGACCUCCCUCAUAUUAUAAGAGAUCAUGGAAAUAUGCUCCAUAGAUAUGAAAAUAGUCCCUCUACAGCCAGCAGAAUAUGGCCAAGAUACUUUGUCCCAGCAGCUCUUCAUUUUGAUGCAAAUGUGAGGCAGCCUUGCAGGUUCGAAGCGGGGGAGGGGGACCAGGGGAAAUGCAAUUGAGGGAUUUCUUUGUGAGGCCCGACGCAAAUCCCAAAUGUUCUCAGGGUUGAAAACAAAAACAGCAUGGGUGCUGCACUGGUCAUGUUGGCCCCUUCAAUAGAUGCACCUUCUGCCACACAAAAGCACCGAGGGCUUUCUCGCCAAACUGUGCUUCCAAAAUAUUCCGCUCUUAGAGAUCCGCUCCUCAUACUGUUCAGAGUUGACACAGCUGAGAACAUGAAUCCAGUGCUCAUGAAGUCCACUGGUUGUAUAGUAGACUUUCUGGUGCAAUAGUGAUGAAGGGAGUCGACCUGUCAGUCAGAGACGCCCACUGGUAGCCCUCUGGCUGGUUCCUCUGACUGUAUGAAGCCAGUGUACAUGGUGGCAUGUGGCUGGGAUUAGUAAAUUUCACUGUGGAUUAAAAUCUUUCCAACGCCUCCAUGGCCACUCACUAAAAGAAAGGAGUCUGAAGUUCCAGCAAAGAUCCAGUGAGCACUCUGGGCCCAUGGUCUCACUUAGCAGCUCCAGGAUGUUCCAGCUGUUCCAGGGUCACAUCCAGCCAGCUGGGCAUCGAAGCCGCAAAACCCGUCUAGUCACCAAAGACGGGCGCUGCAACAUCGAGUUCGGCAAUAUAGAGUCCAGUAACCAGUUUGCAUACCUGGUGGACUUCUGGACCACCUUUGUGGAGAUCCGUUGGCGCUUUGUUCUCCUGUUGUUUGUGGCUUCGUUCACCGGCAGCUGGUUCAUUUUCAGCCUGCUGUGGUACUGGAUCGCAAAGAGCAACGGGGAUCUGACCGGACAGAACCGCACAGAUGAACAUGUCCAGUGUAUAGACAAUGUUAACGGCCUAACAACGGCGUUCCUCUACUCCUUGGAGACCCAAACCACUAUCGGGUACGGUGGCAGGGCGUUGACUGGGCACUGUGCUGGCACUGUAGCUCUAAUUAUCAUCCAGUCUCUCAUUGGCACCUUCAUCAACUGCUUCAUGUGUGGGGUCAUCUUGGCCAAGAUCUCGUUACCCAAAAGAAGGGCAAAGACUGUCACCUUCAGCAACACGGCGGUCAUCUGCUUAAAGAAAGGCAGUCUGUGUCUCCUCAUCAGAGUGGCCAACCUUCGAAAGACUUUACUAAUUGGCAGCCAGAUCUAUGGCAAGCUGCUUAGGACCACAACCACACCAGAUGGAGACACCAUCAUUCUGGACCAGGUGCACAUUGACUUCAUAGUUGACGCUGGCAAGGAUAACUUGUUUUUUGUUUGCCCUCUGACCCUCUACCAUGUGAUUAACAGAUCAAGCCCAUUCUACGACCUGUCAGCCAACACUCUUCUGCUACAGGACUUUGAGUUGGUGGUCUUUUUGGACGGGACAGCCGAGUCCACCAGCUCCUGCUGUCAGGUCCGAACCUCCUACAUCCCACAGGAGAUUCAGUGGGGGUACAGUUUCCUGCCCAUCAUCUCCCGCACCAACACGGGAAAGUACCGUGUGGAUUUCUCAAACUUUUCAAGGAGCGUCCGGGUCACCACACCCCACUGCGCACACUGCUUCGAGACAGAUGUGGACGAGAGAAACCAUAACAACCACAAUCACAAUAACCAGCAAAAGCUGGGGAUCGAUAACUUGGGGUUUCAGGUGAUUGACAUUCAUGAUGUAAUGGACAUCACUAGAAUGUGAGCAAGUAGGAUGAGAAGUUUUGCUCUGACUAACAAUAAUGAAUCAGGAUGUGGUAAAUUAAGUGUGAAAAGCUUCGUCUUUCCAACUUCCUCUAAGCAAGGUUUCACUGUUAGUCAGACUGUUUGUGAGGAGGAGUGAAUUAUUGAGGAAAUAUUUGGCCAGACUGCCUUCUCCAGCAAGCUCUCAAGUGAACAUGUGAAUUAUAAUCGACUCGUUUGCCUUAAACAGGCAAAACAUUCAAAGUUCUUAAACUGUCUGGAGGAAAAUUCAGACGUGAACGGGAGUUAAGCUCUUGCCCAGCGGCUCAUUACAAUCAAAGCACAUUUGGGACUUGUGACUUUGUCUAGGUAAUGGGUGGAAGAAGGAGGAAGAGGGAGGAAGAGGGAUUGAGGUUUUGAUGUAUAGAAAAUGAAAGGGGUAAAAUACUGGAUGGCACAGUGGGUGCUUUUUGAGAAGAUUAAGGUCUGAGCCUGUUGUAAUGAAAAACUGUGUGCUAUAAGGGCUGGAGUGGAAAAAAAAGUAGGACAGGCCUUUUGAGUUUUCUCAUUAUUUCAACUAAAACAGUAACUGUAUGCUGUUUUUUUUGUAUGCCUUGAUAAUUAGGAAACUGUGACCAUAGCUGUUAAAUGUGAUGAUUUUAACUGUGACCAGUCUACAUUUUGUAGAUCAUACUGUGUUCACUGUAACUCAGGGAAAAUAACAUCCUUAGUUGAAAUAAACCUUUUUUUCCACAAUAAAUUGACUCAUUGUUCAGUUUUUUAUAUCUUUUGCUGUUCUCCACAUUGAA